CGUUUGUUUGUCCCCCGGCUGUCCUCUCUUGCUUUGCCUGGUGCUUGGUGCCUGGCGUCCAGGGACAUUUCCUUUCAUAAAGACCACUGCCAUCCUUGCAUUAGCAUUUUCAUUGCUGUGGGGGUAACACUCGAGUGUGUGCGUGCUUGGUUGCUUGCUCACUUCGGGCCUUAUUAUGCAGGGACUUGGGAAGACAGAGAGAGGGGAGCAGGGCCGAGACAUCGACCUGACAUCGCUGAGAUCCACCAUGCCAGCAAGCGGCCCUCUGCAGGGAGGUUCCCCCUCUAAUCUGAACAUGAACCUGUAUGCCACGAAAAAGACAGCAGCUGAGGGCAUGUUGGACAUUGCUCUGUUCCUGGCUAACAUCACACACAUGAAGACCGUCAUUGAACAGGGAGCUGGAUACAGGUACUACGCUGCUGUCCUGACGCUCAUCUCUUUCUCCCUGGCUCUCCAGAUAGUGGCUGGAGUCCUGAUCAUCAUAAUUGCUCGUUUUGAGCUGACCCUCCUCCCCUCUUGUCAGCGGUUGUUAAACUUCCUGAACAAUCUGACCACGGGCAUCAUCUUCCUCACCCUCAUCGUCAACAUCAUCAAAGCCGCCUUCGGCACACAACGCAGCUGCUUCCUACGAUGGCUGCUUCAGCGUUUCAUUCUAUGAAACACCCUCAGCAGACACAUUCACACACUCCCGCAGGGACCUAAAUGUGGUGUCCAAUCAGAAACGACUCGAUGACCUGAACAACCUUGCUACAGGCGUCAUCUUCGUCACCACGGUGGUUAACUUCUUUGUCAGCUUCUUCGGAUCCAAGAGGACUGGCUUCUUCCGCUGGCUGCUGGCUCGACUCCACUUCUGACACACAUACACACAACCACAUAUGCACUCAGUGUAUUUCAUCUGUACACACACUUAAACAUAUAGAUUCAAAGUUGAAAUUCACUGCUGACAAUUCACAUACAAUUUGCACAUGUUCAAACAUCAUCAGUUAUUAUUCAGGCUUUUAAAAUUUGAUUCACACUGUAAUCCAACUAAAAUGUUUUCACUUUAACAACUGAAUAUCUAUGUGAAUAUGCAUUAUUUUAUUUACUGCAAUAACCUCCUUGUGGAAAAAUUGUGUUCCGUUAUGUGUAUUUCAAACUUUUUUACAAUUGUGUUUCCCAAUUGUUUGGUUAUUGGUAAAAUUAUAAAAACAGAUUUUCUUUUUAAAUGCAACUUCUUUUAAAAACUUGUUUGACAUUAAAAAAAAUAUUUUGAGAUUCAAUACCAGACACAAACCAGGGUAAUAUAAAUAAGAGACAUCCUGCUAAUUUGUUCGUACACAUUCUCCUCCAAAAAGCUGAAUAAAUGUAGUGAUUUAACAGAA